UGAGGAGGUGAGGUAGAUGAAGGAGGAGACACACGCCGCCCAGUCAACAACGGAGAAUCAUGGCGCAAGGUUGGUUGAUUACUCUUCUCCUUGGCGCUGUGUGUUUGGCGCUGGGUGAGGAAGUGCAGGACAAGGGCGUCGCGAAGGCCAGGGUGGAGAGCUGCAGUGGAUGACAGCUGAACAGAUAUCCUGGUGCGAAGCAAUUCAUCCAUCAGGACCUGCCCUUUUUCCACAACACUAAGUUCCAACACAUCGGUGGCGCGCCCCCAGAGCUGCUGCUGUUGAAUAAGGACGAUGAGGUGCUGGAACGCAUUGACUUGAAAAAGCUGUCACAGGAUGAAAUUAACCAGCUGAUGAUCAAGAAAGGAUUUUACAAGAAGUCCAGCAAGGAGGAGGAUGUGCCUGAGGAGUACAGAGAAGGUCCUUACGUGGAGAAGGAAGAACUAUAGAGAAAAACUGUUUUAACACCAAAGAAUAACCUCCUCCAUUAUGUUUUUACUGUCAAUGAGUUCAAUUUUAGAAGUAUUUUUCUAGCCGCCUGCAUUUCAGUGUUGUAUGGCUCUGUAAUGGUACUUAAUGUCUAGAAUUAGCUACAUUUUGGUACCCGAGUAACGUCUGGCAGAGCGGCGCGGCGUGUGUGGGGCACAAGACGGGGGUGAGGCAGCUGCACAUGAAGGAGGCGAUGGAAAGGGAUGCACCCACACUGCCUCUGGAACACAUUGGCCGCUAUCACUCCGCGUCUGUGCCCUUCACAUGCCUCGCCACUGUUUUCAAUAAAUAACGCUAAAUA